CUUCUCUUCUCCCCCUCACUCACACAAGAAACUUUCAUUUUCGGGAAGUCCGCACGCUCACAACACAUAUAGACAGAGACGCGCGCAAUGCCGCGAGGGUUCGGGAAGACGCGUGCAGGUGGAAGGCAAUGACAGACUGCGUUUGACUUGGAACCUUAAAUCACUUUCUUAUUUGAGAAAAAAAAGAACUUGGAAAAUAGUUGCAACCCGGGAUGGAAAGAGCGCCUCUUCCUCAUCCGGACAGGAGAGAAGCCCCCCAAGAAAGAAUGAAGUAACCGCUAUGGACAAUGCCCCGCAGUCCGAACUCAAAGGAGCCGGGGGGAGAGUCCUGAUUCUUUGGACUAUCCUCUGUUGUACCUGCUCUCUCACACUGGGCCAGAACGUAGAUAUUCUGCAGCAGCUGGGUCUCUCUGGGCAAAGGUCAGGCGGGUCAACAUCUUGGAGCGCUCCAUCAGUCCCGAACGGAAUCAUCCCCUUCAAGUCUGGAGUUAUUCUCACCCCGAGGGCACGCAUCCAGGUGCCCUUGCGUAGCGUCCUCCCGGCUUCCUUCACCAGCGCCAACCUCUCCCUGAUUCUCAGUCUGUCCGUCCACCGCAUCAACAGCGCCUUUCUUUUCGCCGUUGUGUCCAAGAGAGGGAAAGUGCAACUCGGUGUGCAGUUCACACCGGGCCGGCUUCUUGUUUACGCGGGCCACAGGAACAGCGUGGCGUUCGACCAUGACGUUCACGACGGCCGGUGGCACAGUCUGGCCUUGGAAUUCCGAGGUCAGCGGGUGUCCCUGCACACCUCUUGCGGGAACAAAAGCCUCCAUGGAGAUUUUCAAUCCAAAAAGAAGGAAAGGCUUACUCUGGAGGGCUCGUUUGUCCUGGGGAAAACCAACCACAACCCGGUGCCCUUUGAAGGCGCCAUCUGCCAGUUCGAUAUCUACCCGUCAGCGGAGGCGGCUCGUCACUAUUGCGAUUACGUUAAGAAACACUGCAGAGAAGCCGACACCUAUCGGCCUGUCUUCGCACCCCUGCUACCUCUCCUUUUCAUCCAUCCAAACACAAGUCAUACAACAGCGCUGGCGUUAUCCCCGGAACCUACUACCUCCUCAGCCGAGGGAUCCGUUUUUGGCCCAAAAGAUGAUUUGCUAAUUGGGAAUGACGCAUCCAUGUCUUGGACUCCUGAACCCGCUGUUGCCGGCAGUCAAGUGGACCUUCCGGGGUUGGGGAACACCACGGAAACUGUGACCACGUCUCUCUGGACCAGUCCGACACCACCGACAUGGGAAUUACCUUUGCAAACCACCGCCGACACAAAGCAGAGAGAGGGCCAAGGAUUGGAGGAUGUACCGACCUCUACAGGACCAUCGGAGACUAAACUUCAGACCGCAAGCGAAUCCACACAGGCGUCCACCUUGAGAUCCGACUUUCUCCAGCAAUUAUCCACCGAUGCGCCUCCAAAAAAUGAUCCUCAAGUAAGCAUCGUGCAGGAUGUCCAAACCAUGCCCGUUAUUCCUGUCACUCCUGCAGCCGGAGAUGACUUCCAAACAUUCGACCUGGAACCGACCCUCGUCUCACUUUUGGCAGGACCACCUGGGCUUAAAGGAGAGCCAGGGCCUCCGGGCUUUCAAGGACUUCCAGGAUUGCCAGGAAAGCAAGGGAAGCGGGGUCCACGGGGUCCUGUCGGCCCACAUGGAAACCCGGGUUUAUCCGGACCACCUGGAAGGAAGGGAGAAAAAGGUGAUCCUGGACUGUCUCUUGGUCAAGCCCCGGAAGGACAAAAAGGAGAGCCUGGUGUCAAAGGCCAUGCUGGACCCCCCGGUCAGUGCGGGCGAAAGGGACAAAGAGGGCAUCCUGGUCCUGCUGGUCUGCCCGGGGAACCUGGCAAACGGGAAGCGGACGGAAGUCCCGGGGUCAAAGGUUAUCCUGGCAGGCAGGGUUUACCUGGGCCGAUAGGUAAUGUGGGACCAAAGGGAGUCAAGGGGCACAUCGGCACCCCCGGGCUCUUUGGCCUUCCCGGUCCUGAUGGCGAGAGAGGAAUUCCAGGUGUACAUGGGAAGAAGGGCGAGAUGGGUAGGCCGGGAUUUCCUGGCGACUUUGGAGAAAGAGGACCCCCUGGUCCUGAUGGCAACCCUGGCGACCUUGGAGCUCAUGGCCCACAUGGAGUUCCUGGUCUUCUUGGUGAGAUGGGUCCUGCUGGCAUGAUGGGGUUACCAGGAGCUCCGGGACUCAAGGGAGUGCCAGGAAACGUCGGUGAACCUGGACUGAAAGGUGAUAAGGGGGAUGUUGGUUUGCCAGGAGAACCGGGAGAUGCGGGCUUCAAAGGGGACAAGGGCGUCCCGGGGUCAGCUGGUACACCAGGACCAUGUGGAAAUCCAGGACCGCAGGGUCAAUCUGGUGAUAAAGGUCUGGAUGGUUCAGCCGGCCCUCCUGGCCUAGAGGGUUUCCCCGGUGACAUCGGACCUCCGGGUCAAAACGGCCCAGAAGGACCAAAGGGGAGGCAAGGCACACGAGGGUUUCCUGGUCCACAAGGAACAUCUGGACUCAAUGGUGAUGAGGGGCCCAUCGGGCCGGCUGGGCCAGCAGGAAUUGAGGGCAGGCCGGGGAGGCAAGGAUUCCCUGGACUUACGGGUCUGGAUGGACUCAAGGGUGAGACCGGGAUAAGCGGAGAGGUCGGGAAUCUCGGCGAGAGGGGUUUGCCUGGCUUCAUCGGGACUGCUGGGGCAAUGGGCCUUGCGGGAGAAAUGGGUGAUCGAGGGAAAACAGGCACUCCCGGACCUCCAGGGGAAUCGGGGUCAAUAGGUCACACUGGACUACCUGGAGAGACAGGCCCUCCCGGGGCGGAAGGAAUCCCAGGACCUACUGGCCUCACGGGAUCACAUGGCACCAGAGGACCCAAAGGCAUUGAGGGUCCAAGGGGUCCAGAUGGUGUCGUAGGGGAAGAAGGUGGUGUUGGGCUAAAGGGUCCGGAUGGUCCGCCAGGAAAGGCAGGCCUCCCCGGGGAUGAGGGAAAGCUUGGCGAGCCUGGUGAAACCGGGCCUGAUGGAUUUCCAGGGGUACAAGGGCAUUCUGGCCCUCCAGGGGACAAAGGACUUCCUGGAGAUACAGGAGCAGCCGGGCCUCCGGGAACGGGCGGGCCGACGGGGGAGAUGGGACCCUUGGGUCCGCCGGGGAAAGUCGGCGAUGGAGGACUGUCUGGUGAGCCUGGAGAUAAGGGUGACAUUGGCCCACCUGGCAACAUCGGAGAGCAAGGCCUGAUUGGCCAGAGAGGUGAGCAAGGCAUCGAUGGUGAGGCUGGACCUAAUGGACCUGAUGGAGUUAAGGGUGAGAAAGGAGAUGCAGGCGCAGAGGGCGCCAAGGGAGACAAGGGUGAAUUAGGACAGAAAGGAGAGGACGGAGCCAACGGGCUUCCCGGACUGUCGGGCGUGAGAGGUCAAGAGGGUAAACCGGGCACAAUUGGCCAGAGUGGAAAAGCAGGAGCCAAGGUUUGUCCAGCCGUCACCUUCCCAUUUAAGUCCAUUUGCUGGAGUGAUGGGACACUUCUAAAUAAAGAGGGCACCAAAGGACACCAAGGUUACCUGGGUGUAAGCGGGCCAAUGGGCGAGCAGGGAGCGCCAGGAUUCGUUGGACUGAAGGGAGCCAGAGGGACCAUAGGCCCAGUGGGUGCUCCUGGAAGAAUGGGCCAGAUGGGAGAGCCGGGAAUACCGGGCUAUGAGGGUCACAAAGGACUGCAAGGCUCACAAGGACCACCGGGACCAAAAGGUGAAAAGGGUGGACACGGGGAGGAUAGCAAGAUAGAAGGCCCCCCUGGUCGCCAAGGUGACAGAGGUCCUCCCGGUAACAGAGGUGAAAGAGGAGAAGCAGGUGACCCCGGACACCUUGGUCCAGUAGGUGUUAAUGGAGAGAGAGGUAAAGCUGGUGCCCAAGGACUUCCUGGACACCCGGGGCCCAGAGGAGAACAAGGAGCGAAAGGAUCCAAAGGUGAACAAGGUCAGAAAGGAAAGUCUGGACCGAGAGGAACAUCUGGGACCAAAGGACCACCGGGUCCUGAGGGGCUCCCUGGCCAACGAGGUGUUACAGGAAGGGAGGGUCUGGAGGGAUUUCAUGGAAUGGAUGGAUGGCCUGGUACAGAUGGAAGCAAAGGCACCAAGGGGGAGCAGGGAGAAGAUGGACAGUUGGGCUUCACGGGGAAACCUGGGGCACAGGGUCAAAGUGGUGAGAUGGGUCUCCCUGGAUCUCAAGGUUCUUUUGGAUCAAAAGGUGAAAGGGGUCUCCCAGGCCAAACUGGACCGGCAGGAAUGAGGGGGACCCUCGGCAGUGUGGGACUGAGGGGAAAUCAAGGAGCGAAGGGCUCCAAAGGGCAACCAGGGGACUUUGGUGAACGAGGAUUUGCAGGGGUGCUAGGUCUGUCUGGACCAAAGGGGCCCCAAGGAGACAUGGGGCCAGCUGGGAUACAGGGACCAAAAGGACCAAGGGGACUGAUGGGUACGGACGGAGCUCUGGGCCCCGUUGGCAUCAUCGGCCCCAGCGGCCAUCCUGGACUACAAGGUGACAAAGGAAGUCGGGGGGACGUGGGCUUGCCAGGACCAAGGGGAUCUCCUGGUCCACGAGGUCCACCGGGACUUCCAGGCCGCACCAGUUCUACUCUUCCUCUUACAAGCGAGGCGCUUGGUGCUUCUUUUCAAGUUAUCAUUGAUUCGCAUGCACCACUCAGACCACAGCUGAACUACCACAAUGUAGACCUUCCCAUGCUGGACCAGGGAACGGAGAUCUUCAGGACUUUAGAGCAUCUCAGCGCUCUCAUCCAAAGUCUGAAGAACCCACUGGGGCAGCGCAACAAUCCGGCCCGCAUCUGCCGAGACCUCUACAACUGUGAGCAAAGGAUGUAUGAUGGCACAUACUGGAUCGACCCAAAUCUGGGCUGUGAUGCUGACACUAUCGAGGUCACAUGCAACUUCACUGCUGGAGGACAGACUUGCUUGAAACCUGUCACCGUCUCCAAGGUGGAGACGGGGGUCGGUCGCAUCCAGAUGAACUUCAUCCACCUUUUGAGUAGUGAGGCUGUGCAACACAUUACGGUCCACUGCCUCAACACGCCGGUUUGGGCAGCGGGACCUUCGUUGCAAUACUACAGCCAGGCCGUGAGCUUCAAGACCUGGACGGGGGAGAAGAUCAGAGCGGGCGAUCUUCUGGAACCGCUUGUACUUAGAGACGACUGCUGGAUCAUGGACGGCCGCUGGCGUCAGACCCACUUUGUGUUUCAGACUCAGGAGCCAAAUUCACUCCCUAUAGUGGAAGUAUCCAACUUACCGACCACAGAACCCGGAUCACGUUAUCACCUCGAGGUUGGACCUGUUUGCUUCUUGUAAAGCUCAGUCAAAGGGGGGGACCUGUGACCUCCUGAGUGGGGUGACCUGACGGACAGUUGUGGACUGCAAGGUACACCCCGAUUACUCUCCAGAAACUAUGCUUGGACUGCAGGAACAUUUAAGACUUCUUGCACUGAUCCGCCUUUGGAAUAAAAUGGACUAUGUUUCCUCUCCGGUGACUUGCUACCAAGCUUUGAAUUGCCUGGAUGGAAGGAAACACCAAGAACAUUUCAUUGUUUUGGUUCUGGUUGUACAGAAAUAAGGACGGUACAUUUAUAAAUGCGCUAAUGUAUUAUUUAUAACUGUAUGUACUGUAUAUUGUAAUAUAAAGUGCAAUAGAUGUUUCA